ACGGAUAGGAAUUCCACGCAAUUGAAAACUCAGCUGCCUUUGCCCAACCCAAUAAAUUGGGACUCAGCUUACAAUUUCCAUAGACAACACAGAGAGAGAAGAGGAAGAGAGAAAGAAAAUGCUUCGUAUAUGGGGGAAGAAAGUAUCGCCCUUUUCGCGUUCAUGGAGGUUAUCCGGCAUAAUGGCCGUUCAAACGAGGGACAACUCCUUUGGAGUUCUUCCUAACAGCGUUGAUCAAACCUCCGAAGCCUUUUCUCGCAACUCCAAGGCCAUGGCCGCCUUAUUGUCUGAUCUUCAAUCCCAUAUCAAUAAGGUUCUUGCUGGAGGAGGACCUGAAGCUGUGAAGAGAAACAGGAGCAGGAACAAACUUCUUCCCAGAGAACGUAUUGAUCGUUUGCUUGAUCCUGGAGCUUCAUUUCUUGAACUUUCUCAGCUUGCAGGCCAUGAGCUAUAUGAGGAGUCUCUACCAUCAGGUGGGAUAGUUACUGGAAUAGGUCCAGUGCAUGGAAAACUUUGUAUGUUUAUGGCUAAUGAUCCUACUGUAAAGGGUGGAACUUAUUUUCCAAUAACUGUUAAAAAACAUCUUCGGGCCCAAGAAAUUGCGGCUGAGUGCAAAUUACCAUGCAUAUAUCUUGUUGAUAGUGGAGGAGCCUAUCUUCCUAAGCAAGCAGAGGUCUUUCCUGAUAAGGAUAAUUUUGGUAGAAUUUUCUACAAUCAAGCUUUAAUGUCUGCUGCCGGCAUUCCUCAAGUAGCUUUGGUACUAGGCUCUUGUACUGCUGGGGGUGCUUAUAUACCUUCAAUGGCUGAUGAAAGUGUCAUGGUCAAGGGAAAUGGUACCAUAUUUCUAGCAGGACCCCCACUUGUGAAGGCUGCUACUGGAGAAGAAAUAUCAGCUGAGGAUUUAGGUGGUGCUGAUGUUCAUUGCAAAACAUCAGGAGUUUCAGAUUAUUUUGCUCAAGAUGAGCUGCAUGGACUUGUCAUUGGCAGGAAUAUCGUUAAGAACUUACACACCGCUGGGCAGGGACAGUUUCAUAGUGGAGACCAAAACAUAAAUGUUGGAUACGAUUCCUAUGAAGAACCAUUGUAUGAUCCAAGUGAACUUCGUUCUAUAGCACCAGUAGACCAUAAGCAGCAAUUCGAUAUCCGAUCAAUCAUUGCCCGUAUUGUUGAUGGGAGCAAAUUUGACGAAUUCAAAAAAUUAUAUGGCACUACCCUUGUAACAGGCUUUGCUAGAAUUUUUGGACAGCCAGUUGGAAUAAUUGGAAACAAUGGUAUAUUGUUCAGUGAGUCUGCUCUGAAAGGAGCUCAUUUCAUUGAGUUAUGCGCUCAACGAAAAAUUCCCUUGGUCUUCCUUCAAAAUAUCAAUGGAUUUAUGGUUGGAUCAAGAUCUGAGGCAGGUGGAAUAGCAAAGGCUGGAGCAAAACUGGUGAUGGCAGUUUCUUGUGCAAAGAUUCCAAAAGUAACUAUAAUUGUGGGUGGAAGCUAUGGUGCUGGAAAUUAUGCAAUGUGUGGCCGAGCAUACAGUCCCAAUUUCUUGUUUGUAUGGCCAAAUGCCCGAAUAUCAGUAAUGGGUGGGGCUCAGGCUGCUGGUGUGCUGUCUCAAAUAGAAGGUAGCAGCAAGAAAAAGCAAGGAAUAAAGUGGGAGAAAGACGAGGAUGAGGCAUUCAAGGCGAAGGUAAUGGAGGCAUUCGAUAAAGAAGGAAAUCCUUAUUACUCGACAGCAAGGCUCUGGGAUGAUGGUGUUAUUGAUCCAGCUGAUACAAGAAAGGUUAUUGGACUUUCCAUCUCUGCUUCUUUAAACCGUACCCCUGAAGAUACUAAGUUUGGUGUCUUUAGGAUGUAAGAAUAGAAUGACUAACUCUCUUACUGUGCAUUUAUAUGUAAUUAUGUAUAUAUUUUACUCUUCAAUAAUACAAGAUUGAGUAACAAA